GCGUGUACCGCUGUGCAAUCCCACACAGCCGCGAUUCUGUUUUCCUCAGCGUGAAUGCUUUGCUUGAGAACGUUGCUAAGAUAAAAAAAGUUUAAUUCUGCGCAUGGAUGCAGGUGCCUGGCUGUUGCAGGCAGGCAGCUGUCAGAAGGUGGUUCCGGAUCUCGCUUCUGUGGAGGAAAUUGCUGUGUACAAAUCUACCUCAGCUUUUUGAUAAGCAGUCAUGGCUGUCACACUGCAUACGGAUGUAGGAGAUAUUAAAAUUGAACUGUUCUGUGAGCGUACACCAAAGACUUGUGAAAAUUUCCUGGCUCUUUGUGCUAGUAACUACUACAAUGGAUGCGUAUUUCACCGGAAUAUAAAAGGCUUCAUGGUUCAGACAGGGGAUCCAUUAGGCACUGGGAAAGGAGGUAACAGCAUCUGGGGCAAGAAGUUUGAAGAUGAAUUCAGUGAAUACCUAAAGCACAGUGUCCGUGGGGUAGUUUCAAUGGCAAACAAUGGUCCGAAUACCAAUGGAUCGCAGUUCUUCAUCACUUAUGGCAAGCAACCGCACCUAGACAUGAAGUACACUGUGUUUGGAAAAGUUAUUGAUGGCUUGGAGACCCUGGAUGAGCUGGAGAAGCUGCCUGUGAAUGAGAAAACCUACCGACCUCUUAAUGAUGUUCACAUUAAAGAUAUUACAAUUCAUGCCAACCCUUUUGCUCUGUAGCCACAGAGUGCCUCAGCACAUUCUUUAGAGACUGGUCAGACCAACUGCUGGGGUGUGGGGUUUAAAGUGUCGUUAAGAAGGAUUGCUUGAGCCGGAUCAUAUCUUCGCUCACUGAAUGCAGGAUUUUCAGGUGUUGGCAUUGUUUGGGAGCUGUCACAGAGGAGUCUUGUGCUUUACAAGCCAGUUUUUCCAGAGCAUCUUCCAGGAUUUGGGUUUUUUAACAUUGUUUUUUAUACUUGUAAAAUAAGAAGAGAGUCAGAAAUACAUAUGUUUUGGCAAAUCUU